AUGUCAGAUAUAAUAGUUAAUGAUCCGAAUAAUGGUAUUCGUGAAUCAUGGUCUGAAGAACAUAUUAUUCAAGCAAUAGUUUUACUUGAAGAUGCAUAUUCAUUUCGUUCAAUAGCACAUAAAUUAUCUCCAUCGAAUAUAUUAAAACUUUAUCGAUUAUAUUGGUCAAUAUGGAUUCAACGUUUAUUAACAAUAAUUGUAUCAUGUCAAUUACUUCUUAUAUUUGUUCAAUAUCCAUCAUCACUUAGUCGAACAUCUGAUUUAACAAAACAACCAAUACGAUUAACAUUACCUUGUACUAUACAAUUAAUUAUUGAAUUUCUAUGUUUAAUUAUUUUUUAUAUUGAUGCUAUUAUUCGAGUUUAUUUAAUUGGAUUACAACAUGCUCGAAGAAAACCUUGGAUAAUAUCAUAUUUCAUUGUAACAACAAUAUCAAUAAUUGAUCUUAUUAUUUCUACUAAUUUUGGUUGUCAAAAGAAAGUCUGA